AUGGAUUUCUCUGAAGCACAGAAGGUGCGGUUUGGUUCGCAUAUGUUAGCCGAGGAAGUCGAUGACUGGUGGGUCAACACUCGUCAGGUGUUGGAUGUUGCAACUGAAGUUGUAACUUGGGUUGUGUUCUGCAGGGGAAAUCUGAGAAAGUACUUUCCUGAGAAUGUUCGUGGGAAGAAGGAGAUUGAGUUUCUAGAGUUGAAGCAAGGUAACUUUUCGGUUACUGAGUAUGCUUCCAAAUUUGUGGAACUUGCUAAGUUGUACCUUCAUUACAGUGAGAUCAAGAGGUUUUCAGAGUUGGUGAACAACUGUAGAAUUUAUGAGGAUGAUAGUAAGGCUCGGUCGACUCACUACAAGGGGUUGAGCGAGAGAAGAGGAAAGCAUAUUCUGAAUUGUAGGAAGCCAUAUAAUGCUCCAGCUGAUAAAGGUAAACAGAGACCUGCUGAUGGUAAGAGGCUAAGUGGGGGAGAUGCUCCUACUCCUCUUAAGUGCUAUAGGUGCGGUGAGCUGGGUCAUCGUGUUAGUGAGUGCAAGAGUGAUAUGAAGAAGUGUUGCAAGUAUGGGAAGUUAGGACAUCUGGUUGCUGAUUGCAAAGAGAACAUGGUGACAUGCUACAACUAUGGUGAACCUAAACAUAUUAGCACUCAUUUCCCAAAGCCUAAGCAAGCUUCAAAUGGAGGAAAUGUGUUCGUUCUGACAGGGACUUAG